AUGGCUUCUACAGACCCACUUGACGAGCUUCUUUGUAUACUGAACGAACGUAUUUCGUUUGACGAAAAGGCGAAUAAAAUAGCCUCUGUUAAAUCCCUGUGUGAGAAAGUGGUCGUGGAGGAAUCGCUAAGGAACGUCUCGGAUGAUCGAAAGGUUUUGGUGUGCGAUUUUUCGCAUUUGCAGUUCCCGCGAAGCGAACAACAACGCUGUUUAAAUCACCUUCCUGUCAGGACUACUGGAGAUGGCAAUUGCUUGUACAAUGCAUGUUCCAUUGCAUUGUGUGGCAACGAGUCUCUGGCGUCUUACCUGCGUUGUCUGACAAGCAUUGAACUUUUUUUAAAUUCUUCGUUUUAUGCUAAACAUCCCAUUAUUGAGCAGCAGCACAAAAAAGGUGCGUUUAGUUCCAUUGCAAAUACUUUUGCAAUGUGUUUGUCUGAUAUUGCUCUUGGUUCUGUAACAAAAGAAGAUCCUUGCGCACCAAUACUCACUGAAGCAUACAGCAACGCAAUGAAUCAUCAAUGGAGUUCUUUUAUUUGUCUUCUUUCCCUAUCAAGUGUUGUUAAACGUCCAAUCGAGUCGUAUUUUCCAAUUACACCUAAUGAAGAAAAAAUUGACUCCCUGUCUACAAUGUUUAACUGCACUAUAUAUCCGCGAGAAAUAGCAACAUCAAUUUCAGAUCAGAAAAUCAUUUAUUUCGUUGUGCAUUAA